AUGGCUCGUCGUCGCCAGUUUCUCACCGACGUCGUUGUCGGGCCCGACCGCGAUCAGCUGCGUGCUGCUGCGCUGCAAAACCUUAAGGACUCUCACAAGUUUACGCUGCAGAUGACCAAGGGUUGUAAGCACACAGACAAUGUCUUUGAGUACUUUGCUACAAACUUCAAAGAUGCCUCGUUCAACACUGACUGGGCGGAACGCACGAUGCGUGUAACUCUGCCCAUGCAGCAGCACACGAUGACCACGCGACCACCGUCUCAAAAAACCGUUGUGGUGCCGGCCAUUUUGCACGAAAUCAUGCACGCUCUCUUUGAGCUUGACUUUCUGUCGCUCGAAGGCAUUUUUCGCGCCUCGGGAUCGCGCGCUCGCGCCAACUCGAUCAUGGCUCAUAUCAUGGACAAAGGUAGCCUGCCACGCGAAAUUCUCAACUCGGACGUUCUGCCCUUAUGUGCCGUCUUCAAGGCCCUUUUGCAAAUGUUUCCCGAGGGUGUACUCUGUCGACAUAGCAAAGCUCUUCUGGACCUCUGGGAAGCCACCGAGUCUGCCGAUGAUGAGCCCAGCGAUGGUUUCGAUGCUUCUCGCGUGUCCUCCCUUGGUCGCCAAAAGGGUCUGCACCUCGCCCUUUUGACCCUGCCUGGACAAAGCCUUGACCUGUUCAUGUAUAUCGCCGACGUCUGCCGCUUGGUAUCUGAUGCCGAGUCGACGACCCACAUGACGCUGGAAAACAUGGCUGCCGUCUUGGCUCCAAACAUGACACAUCGCCAACACCAUGACGAAGUCCUUCUGUGGCGUAGCAUUGUAACCGAGCUCCUCCGUCGCUGGGACGAAGCCGGCGAGAUAUUGGGCAGUGUCAAGGCUACUGCAGACAUCAUGGCCCCAGAAACCGCUUCUAAGCUGCUGACGGGAAUGAUCAAAGGCGGUCGUCGUCGCAGCAGCCUGGGAGGUGCCAUUAGCUGGCUCUUGGGCACAGGCAGUAGUUCUCAGGAUGCAGGAGCUAGCAAGUCGCAACCUGCUAGCAAGCCUGCCACACCCUCACGGCCCGGGAGUCGCAAUCGACGCGAUCGGCGUCGAGGAGAACCAUCAUCUGCAGAGCGCAAGAAUGAGGAGCCCCUCUCCCGCAAGCGCUCCGCCGAGGACAGCGGCACUAGCAGCUACUUACCGCGACUGGCCGCCAAUCUAUUUGAUCCUCGGCGCAUGCUGGGCAUGGGUGCACCGGCGGCGGCCGAGGAAGAUGCAGCAAGUCCAGUCAAAAAGUCGAAGAUGGUUGAAACCAAGGCUGGCAACACGGGGCCCAUGGCGGCCUGGGGAACCCAGUCGCAAGCGACCACUGCAUCAGCUCACGACCCUCCCAAAGCCUGUUCUCCACGAUCUGAGACCCGGCUCCCGAGAACCUUUCUGAAUUAUCGUGUUCAAUAUCAACUCGAGCCCCCCUGUGUGUGUGUAUGUGUGUGUGUGUGUGUGUGUGUGUGUGUGUGUGUGUGUGUGUGUGUGAUCGACAGCGCCAAAAAGGCAUUGCGUCGACUUCGCGGGCGCGCCAAAUCAAACCCUGGUACCGCGACGUCUUUAGACGCGAAGCUCGGCCACGCGACGCGAUCCGAAGAGGCCGAUACCCAUGUUGAAGGGAGCUCCAGUAACGAGUUGUUGCAGACACUACGCCCGUCCGGCAAUGCGCGUGAGGGCUCCAUACUCCAGCCCCUCUCCGUUGACGCGUUGCACCCGAGUCGCCCCAGCGAGCCCAAGCGUACCCGAAGCGGGCGCGAGUACAGCCCCAUGACUUCACGCAAACCUCCCACAACUGCCACACAGACUGCUUCAAAUGUCGCAACGCCCGUUGCGCCACCCACGAGUGAAUCGUCACGUAGUGGUGUUAGUCACUACUCCUACCGCCGUGCCAUUGCCACCUCCAAGGCCAGAGAAACCGAGUCGACGUCGCAAAAACGUGGCACUGAUGGCUCCAGUCCUGCCAAGCAAGCUCGUCGUUUGCCCACGCCGGGCGGCAAUAAGGAAAACAACGGGGACUAUCCCGUGACUCUGCGAAAGGAACCUGCGCCCGCCGGUCUAUCUGCGCGUCGUCGUGGCCUGAUUGUGCAGUCUCCUAAAAAUUCGCCAACCCAAUCUUCUCCCCUGCGCCAAAAAGUACACAGUGCUCUCCCCCUCCGCUUGCCUCUGAGUCCGGGGGGCCCUCGCACGCGAGGUUCCUUUGGUAUUAGCCGCCUUACUCUGGGAAUGGCAUCUGAGCUUGAUUACGAGUCCGUGGUUUGA